CCGUCACACCAUUUUAGUUGUAACCACCCACUUCAAAGAUGGAGGACGAUAUCUCAGACUUGAGCAGACCACAAAUGUACUUGUUUGGUUGUACCCUCAAAUCGGACAAACAGGAGUUCAAAGUUGACGUAGACGACGAUGAUACGGAGCAACAGCUGUCACUCAAAGCAGUGUGUCUGGGAGCUGAGGCUGAGGAUAAUUUUCACAUGGUGGAAGUUGAAGGCCUCACUUAUGAUGGAAAGACGACCAAAGUGCCACUGGCUGUCCUAAAACCAUCCGUCCUGCCUUCUAUGAGUUUAGGGGGAUUUGAGAUCACACCUCCAGUUACCUUCCGUCUCCAGUCAGGCUCUGGACCUGUUCACAUCAGCGGGCAGCAUUUUGUUAGUGUGAAGGAUUCAGAGGAUGAAGAAGAGGAGAACAACACAUCGCCAGUGAAGCGGCCUGCAAGCCUGUUAUCGGGGAAAAAGCCUCCAUUGAAAAAACUAAAGAUGGAUUCUGACGACGAUGAAGACGACAGCGAUGAGGAUGAUGAAGAUGAUGACGACAGUGAAGAAAAUGGUGUGAAGCCUGAGAAGAAUGUCGGUAAAGAGCUCAAAAAAAGCCAAGAGUUUUCAGCAAAGAAGCCCAACAAGACUCUGGUUAAACAAAACUGCCCCGCAGGAAAGCCGUCAGGAUCAGCGGUCAAACCACAGAUGAAGACACCUGUCCUAGGAAAAGACAAAACCCAGGCUGGCCCAUCUAAAUCUCCCCCUCUGACUGAGAUCAAGAAGAAAUUGUCAACGGCAGCCAAGGAGGGAAAACCACUACCCAAGACAGAGCAGAAGUUUGAGAAUUUCGUGAAGAGUUCUUUUAAAAUCUCAGACAAAAAUGUGGUCAAGGAUCUUUGGAGCUUUGUACAAACACUGAAGAUUGAGAAGAAGUAACAAGCCUUGUACUUUGUAACAUUUGUAUGUUGGCAUCCUACAAGACAUUUAAAGGCACAGUCAGCAAUAUGUCAUACUUGGCCUUAUUAUGUCAUCAUGGCUAACUAUUACUUGGAAUGAACAGAAAGACUAAGUGCUGAGAAAUGGGUAAAGCCAUUAAUGACUCGGGUGUCAUCGGGUUUUUAGAUCCGAAGCACCUUCUGGAGCUAGUUCGUAAUUCACUCACAAACUCGCUCAUUCACGUUUAGCUGUCAACUUCAUUGCACGCCAAUCUGCACCACCUAUAGGGAAAUAAAGUAAUAGCACCACCAAUCAGGACCUGCAGAUGUCUUUGCGGGGAAAAAAUAGCUGCUGCAU